AAUUUCUUGGAUACGAUAAUGAUGAAGAUUUUAACUAUUUUUUUAUAUCAUAUCUUCAAUUAAAUUUUUUUUUUCAGCAAUCUUCAAUUUUGAUAAUUUGCCGUGGCCCUAGUCUUGGUCUUAACAAACCCUCCCCGUUCCUACAGCAAUCGCCGCCGUUCCUCAAGCUUCGCCAUCUGUCGUGGAGCUUCACCGCCGUCUGCAAGUUCAUUGUCUCUCCUCCCGCUUGGAAAGAGGGAUAUGGCGACAGCUGAAGAGAGUGGAAAAGAGGAAGGGGCGAACCUUCUCGGGUCCCCGAGCUUCAGCGAGCUGGGAAAUGGCCGUUUCAAGUGCGUAGAGACUGGUCACGAGGUCCUCUCCAAGGACAUAGACUUUUACUCUCGCAGCAAAAAGUGCCGUUUGGGUCUCAUCGAUUUUGCAUUGUCCAAUCAUAAACCACCUCUCAAUAUGUUCAACCAAGACCCUCUUUGCCGUUCAAAGGUGAUAUGUAAGCUAACUGGAGACAAGGUGAAUAAGUCAGAGAAACAUAUCUGGAAGCAUAUGACUGGGAAGAGGUUCCUCAAUAAGUUGGAACAAGAGGAAGAGCAGAAGUUGGCAGGUCAUGGAAUGGAAGGCGUGGAAUGCUCGGAGGAGCCCCAAAGUGCAGAUAGUGGGAAAAAAGAUAAGAAGAAGAAGAAGAAGAAGAAAAAGAAGGAGAAGAGUAAGGAGAAGGGGGUUGAAGAGAUUAUAUCUGAAGUUAGGGAUCCUUCUAAUGAGGGCAGCUCCUGCGAAGAGGAAGAUUUCUGGAUGCCUCCUGUUGGUGAACGUUGGGACAAUGACGAUGGUGGAGAUCGAUGGGGCACAGAUUCAGAGUCGGAGCAGGAAAUUGAAGAGGGAGAAAGAGAUAUAACUGAUGGUUUUCCUGAUGAUGAGGGUUGCAGAGAGUCAGAAGAGUUAUCAUCAAGGACAAAAAGAAUGUCCAUAGAAGUUGGACCAAGCAGCUUUGCUUCAAGAAAGAAGAAAAGUAAGAAAAGCCAUGAAACAUAAUAUAUUUUGUUAAGUUUAGUUUAGUUGCAGAGAAACUAGAGCAAGAUAGAACUUAAACAGCCAAAACCAUCUCGUAUCAAGAUAUUUACUUCAGCAGAUGCCUGUGGCAUUUUCUGAAUUUUAUGAUUUUGAUUUCAAGUAAGCAAGCAUUUGUUUUAUGAGGUUGCCA